GAAGGCCUCUGCAAAUAGUUCGAUUUACUCAGACCCAGAACAUGUUGACUGCCGUUGCAAGACGAAUGCUUUCGACUGGCAGGAGCCUUUCUACCAUAGCUGUGGUAUUAUCUGGAUGUGGUGUUUAUGAUGGCAGCGAGGUUCAUGAAGCCUCUGCGGUUUUGGUCAGUCUAAGCAGGGAGUCUGCGGAUUACAAAGUUUAUGCACCAGAUAAACCACAAAUGCACACAGUGAAUCACAUGACAGGUGAAGAAAUAAAAGGAGACAACAGGAAUGUUCUUAUAGAGUCAGCAAGGAUUGCAAGAGGGAAAAUAGAAAAGCUCUCAGAGCUUGAUGUUUCUAAGCAUGAUGCUGUGAUUUUCCCUGGUGGAUUUGGUGCAGCUAAAAACUGGUGCGAUUUUGCUGUCAAACAAGCUGAUUGUACAGUAGAUGAGGAGGUGUCAACAGUUCUAAAAAACUUCCAUGCAGCUAAAAAACCAAUUGGACUUUGCUGCAUUGCACCAGUUCUUGCUGCCAAGGUCAUUCCUGGUUGUGAAGUAACAAUGGGUCAAGAAUCUGAGGAUGGUGGGCGUUGGCCAUUUGCAGGAGCCUGUGGUGCAGUCAAGGCCAUGGGAUCAACACAUGUGCCAAAAAAUGUUGAUGAAAUCCACAUUGACCAGGCAAACAAAGUUGUGACAACACCUGCAUUCAUGUGUGACACAAAGUUUCAUGAAAUUCAUGAUGGAGUAGCAAAAAUGGUUAAGGGAGUUCUGGGCUUGGUGGAGAAGUAAGAGCUUGUGAAACGUGUGGAAAGAUUGAUGGAUUGCAUCAAGUUCCUGUUUCGUUGAUGGGCUGUUAUUAACUGAUGAUCAAUCUGAUGAAAACUGAUUUGUCAUUCUUCUUUGUCUUAGAGAAGAUUUUCUGUAGUGUAAUUGAUUAUCUAUGAAUUAGGCUGUGUA